AUGCAUUCCACCCUUCUACUGUGGGCGUCAGCACUGCUGCUUCCCCUCGCCUCGGCCCAGAACAGCACCUCGGGCCCAGAUGAGAACGGCAAAUACUGGCUGUAUGGGAAUGGCAUCUCCGCCUCCUUCAUCCCCUAUGGCGCGUCCAUCUCGAACCUGAUCAUCAAGGACAAGUACGGUGUCGAUCGAGACAUCGUUACUGGCUUUGACAAUGCGUCUUACUACGGGAUCGACAAGCAGCACCCCCAUUUCGGCGGCGUGCCCGGUCGUUAUGCCAACCGCAUUAAGAACAGCACCUUCGAGAUCGACGGCGAGACAUAUCAUGUCACGCCCAACGAGAACCCCACGCCAGAAGCGCCUGAUGGAGCAGACACGCUCCACGGAGGCCUUGAUGGCUGGGACUGGCGCAACUUCACCGUCGAGUCUGUCUCCGAGAACAGCAUCACGUUCAGCAUCUUUGACCCGGACGGAAAGGAGGGCUUCCCAGGCGACGUCUUGUCGUACAUCACGUACACGCUGGGAGACAUGACCUGGGACUUUAAGAUGGUCGCCGUGUCGCUCACCAAGAAGACGCCCAUCAUGCUGAGCUCGCACACGUACUGGAACCUGGACGGCUUCGCCAACAACGAGACCAACACCGCCCUCAACCACACGCUCUACAUGCCCUACAGCGGCCAGCGCGUGGACGUGGACAACAUCCUCAUCCCCACGGGUGACAUUGUCGCCAACAAGCCCGGCUCCGUCAACGACUUCUGGAGCGAGCCGAAGCAGCUCGGCGCGAACCUCACCAGCCCGGAGCUCGUCAACAACUGCGGCUUCAACUGCACCGGCUACGACACGUGCUACCUCGUCAACCGCGACCAGAACGGCCCCUACGACUGGCGCGCCGACGGCGGCUUCGUCGCCCAGCUGGCCUCCCCCUGGUCCGGCAUCACCGUCGACGUCUACAGCGACCAGGACGCCUUCCAGGUCUACAGCUGCAACGGGCAGAACGGCUCCAUGGCCCUCAAGUCGACGCAGGGCAUCCUGGACGACCCGGACUUCCCCCGCACCAUCCCCAAGUACGGGUGCGUCGUGAUGGAGGUGGAGGACUGGAUCGACGCCAUCAACCAGCCCGAGUGGCAGAGGGACAAGAAGAACAUCUUCGGGCCUGGCGACGACCCCUAUGUCCUGCAGGCGAGCUACAGGUUCAGUGUCAACUGA